UGAGGCCAGGGAUUGCAGGGUUUGAACCCACAACCUCAUAGUUACUGGUUCGAUUCAUUUCCACUGAGCCACAAUGGGAACUGCUAGACUAUUAUUUUAAAAAAAAAGGCAGAAAGAGAGAGGCUAGAAAAGUUCCCAGAUCAAUAAAUUUCCUAAGUAACUUCUGUGAAGGUACAAUCUACCUCGAAAGUGCAAAUGAACUGCAAAGAAAAUGCAGAAACCUACAGAGUAAUCAAGGCAGUUGACAAGCGUGGUUUUAAGGAUGCCAUGUCUGGAAUAGGCUUUAGCCUGGAAUGUGGAGAAAGUGGGUCGGUUGAGAUACCUCCCUGCCUAGGGCUGCUUUUCUCCUGGGCCCCAUGCAUGAAAAAAACACCCUGCCUGAGGCGACCAAUCCAGUGCAGGCAUCUUCCUAGCAUCUUGUGCUCUGCCUCCAGCUGCCCCUCCCCCUCCAGGCCUCAUGUGCCUGUGUUGAGAGGUGUUGCCUGGAUACCUCUCUGCUGAGCUGAAAGAUUCUAAACUGCCUACUUUGCCAGUUGGCUCUGAGGGAGACAGUGGUGCUGACCUAGAGCACUUGUGUUGGGCUCAGGACGCAGUGAAAAGCCAAGAAGGAGGUGUGGUGUGUCUGAAGCCCAUUGACUGGAAGAUGAAGAAGCAUUUUGGCUUCAACAGUAAGAAGCCUGUAUUGUUCCGGGACUCCUCCACCAGCCCCUGCGGGGAGGGUGGUAAUGGAGUCAACCAGCAGUCCGGGUACCACAUCCGAGACAAGGAUCUCGGGAAGAUACACAGGGCAGCCUGUGAGGGCAAUGUGGCCAGAGUCCAGCAGAUCCUGCUGCUCAGGAAAAAUGGCCCCAAUGAUAAAGACAAGAGGAACAGGACUGCUCUGCAUCUGGCCUGUGCCAGUGGCCAUCCAGCAGUGGUGACUCUACUAGUAAAGUGGAAAUGCCAGCUUAACCUCUGUGACAAUGAGAACAAGACAGCGCUGGUAAAGGCUGUCCAGUGCCAGCAAGAAGAAUGUACCAGUAUUCUGCUGGAACAUGGUGCCGACCCAAAUCUCGUGGAUGUCAAGGGCUACACGGCCCUCCACUAUGCUGUCUUUGGUCAGAAUAUCUCCAUCGCAGCAAAGCUGCUUUCGCACAAGGCUAACAUUGAAGCAAGAGACAAGGAUGACCUUACACCACUUUUACUUGCUGUCAGUGAAAACGAACAGCAAAUGGUGGGAUUUUUAUUAAGGAAUCAAGCAAAUAUACAUGCGGUUGAUAAGAUGAAAAGAACAGCCCUCAUACUUGCUGUAAAUUUUGCAUCAUCAAGUGUAGUCAGGCUGCUUCUUGAGCAAGGCGUUGAUAUCUCUCCUCAAGAUCGCUAUGGACGGAAUGCAGAAGACUAUGCUGUUAUCAAGGGUCAUCAUAUGAAUCACCACAUGAUUUUGGAGUAUAAACGAGAAAUGGGACCUAAAACUCCUGCUCAAGAUAGUAACCUAGGUGCCCCAUGGAGGGGCAGGGAAUGUGGUCUGGCCUGUAGGAAAAUUCAUGCUAUAGAACAUGUUAUUCAUCAUCAGGAUGCUCUCUCUUUUUUAAUUCUGUUUAAAAUGUGGUUGUUGUUUGAGUCACAUUAUUUUCUGACAUUACUGUUUCAUCAAUCCCUUUAUAACUUUAUUGAAAUAGAUCUAACAGCAGAGGAGUCUCCAAGGCAGAUAUCAAGAGAAACAGAUUCAACACAAGUGCAUGAGAGUUCUGAAGAAGACUCUUUAAGCAGUUUUUCCAGCAAACCUCAUGUUGAUGAUACAUGGCCUACAUCAGAUACAGUCACUGAUUUUGAUCUCGAGGAAGGAGACAAAAAGCCGGGAAUGGAGCCAAAAGAAACUAGGACUGAUGUUAUGGAAAGUAUCCCACAAGAGCCGCCAAAUCUUGACCAUUUUACCUCUGUUGAUGGAGCACACAGAGAGAAUAGAAGUGGUGUGUUGUCAGCGUCAGGAUUAGAGGAGGAAGAUAUUGCAUCAUCUUUGGAUACUGAGUGUGCCUCUGAGAGUCUUUCACAAAAAACUGUGUAUCAUAUAUCCAGAGCUGCAGAUGAAAGAGGGAAAAAGAGAGGAAAUAAAGAAGUUGAAGAUGUGCCUUAUAUACCUUCUUGCAUGAGUGGAUCAAGCAACUUUAAGAGGGCUCAACAAGAGGAUCCAAGACAUGGAGGCCUAGCAGUGGCCCACAUGGCUUCUCCUGAAAAGUAUCCUCACUCGAAGCCUACAGUUGGAGUGAAAGAUGCUGUUCCUAACAAAACAGUUGGAACAAAGGAUUUACAAGCGUCCAGAUCAGAUUCUGUUCCCUUAUGUAAAAUUCAGGGUGCAGUUCUUUCAAGUGAAAGAUCACUGAAAGUUAAAAACAGCCAAUGUGAAGUACUUGAAGGAAAAAUCAAAAACAUGGAAAGUAAGAUCAGUGGCCUACAAGCAGAACUAUCAGAAACAAAAGAAGUGCAAUCCCAAUUAGAGCAACAAAAAGUGGAGCAGCAACAAGAGCUCUGCAGCUUGAGAUUAUACUUAAAGCACGAAGAAGAGCAAAGAAAAAAGGCAGAUAUGUUAUCUGAAGAAAUUAGAGAGCAGUUAAGAAGAAAAGAAGAGCAAUGUAGUAAAGAAACUGAAUUGAAACAGCAACUUGAACUCACUCUUGAAGUACUACAAGGGGAACUGAAGACUGUGAGAAAUAAGGCAAACCAGUUGCAAGAAGCACAAGAUCGAUAUAUGGAGGCCGUGAAAUGUACUGAGAAGAUGCAGGAUCAAAUGCAAAAGCUUCAAAAGGAAAAUGCCGAGUUAAAAGAUACAAACAAAAUGCAAGCGGGCACAAUUGAAGAGCUUCAGAGAAACCCGCCGGGUCCAAGUUCGGAAGGAGACAAAAAGCCGGGAACGGAGCCAAAAGAAACCAGGACUGAUGUGAUGGAAAGUAUCCCACAAGAGCCACCAAAUCUUGACCAUUUUACCUCUGUUGAUGGAGCACACAGAGAGAAUAGAAGUGGUGUGUUGUCAGCAUCAGGAUUAGAGGAGGAAGAUAUUGCAUCAUCUUUGGAUACUGAGUGUGCCUCUGAGAGUCUUUCACAGAAGUACGUUGAUCAUUUAUCUGGAACUUCAGGUCAAAGAGGUAAAAAUAGAGUAAAUGGAGAAGUCGAAGAUGUGCCUUAUAUACCUUCUUGCAUGAGUGGAUCAAGCAACUUUAAGAGGGCUCAACAAGAGGAUCCAAGACAUGGAGGCCUAGCAGUGGCCCACAUGGCUUCUCCUGAAAAGUAUCCUCACUCGAAGCCUACAGUUGGAGUGAAAGAUGCUGUUCCUAACAAAACAGUUGGAACAAAGGAUUUACAAGCGUCCAGAUCAGACCUCCCUCAGUCUAGUGAUCACAAAAGCCCUUUUGAUUUGCCGCUUGCCUACUCCAAGGAGAUGAACGCCAUGAUUCAAAGAAGAAAUCAUGAUAUUUCUGCUGUUAAAAAAACUUCUAAUCAAACCAAACCAGUACAGGAUUGGUCCAAGAAGCUGUGGUAUGCAAGUAAUUUCCAUGCUAAAAAAAGGAAAAGCAUCAAGCCCAAAUUAGAAACUUGGACUUGUCCACCAAAUAGUAACAGAACAUCCAAAAUAUAUUUAAAGGAAGAAUUACAGCAAUCUAUGCAAAGGUGUAAGAAUAAGGCUGAGAAAGAAAAGAAGCAGCACAGAAGCAGUGUGAUGGCAGUAUCAGAAAACAAUCAUGGCUCUGAUGAUGACAGUGGAUUAAUGCAACAGGGAGAGAGAGGAAAAACUAAUCACCAGUGGUUUCCUACUGUGGAGAAUGGAGAUUCUGAUAGCAGCAGUUCUGGCAUGCAUAUGAAAGAAGUAUGGAAAAAUGAAAGAGAAAAAUGGUCAUCAAAAGGACCUGUGAUUCCACCAAUAUUUGAGAAGGCUGAUUCACUGCCUAUUGAUUUACUACACGUGAAUGAUGACAGAAGCUUAAGUGAAAGAGAUCAGGAUGAUGGCAGGCCUAUAAAGAGAACACCUAAUGAAGAGAACAAGGUCAAAGAGCAAAUUAAUUCUGUGGAUGACUUUGAUGACUUAACUCAGUUACCUGAAACAGCUUCCAAGGAUCGUGAGUUGCUUUCCUCUAAAUCUAUGAAUGCUAUGUUGCUAAUUGAACAACUUGGCACGGAGUGUAAAGAUUCUGUUAGCGUAUUGAAAAAGCAGGAUUCAGUUCUUUCAGAUGACAGUUUACUAGAGAUUAAAAAAAGCCACUAUGAACUACUUACAGGAAAAAUUAAAAAAAUGAAAAGUAAGAUCAUUGGGUUACGAAAGGAGCUAUCAGAAGCAAAAGAAGUGAAAUCACAGUUAGAACACCAAAUACUGGAGUGGCAACAAGAGUUCUACAGUUUGAGAUGCACCUUAAAACAAGAAGAGGAGAAAAGAAGAAAUGUUUAUAAGUUAUAUGAAAAAACUAGGAAGGAGUUAAGAAGAAGAAAAGAAAGAUAUGAUAAAGAAGCUGAAAUGAAACAGCAACUUGAACUGACUGUCCAAGCACUGGACAUGGAAUUGAGGGCGGUGAGAAAUAAUCUGAACCAGCAUGUGGAGUUUGCAGGCAGAUGCAAGCCACCACAGUUGCAGGGUGAUGAGAGUCACGAAAAAGCAAAAGAACUGUUGCCUAAAAACCACAUGUCACAGAAUGAAAUUGCCAUGUUAAAACACGAAAUAGAGGCAGUGGAAAAUCAUAACCAGGAAAUGGAGAAGAAAUAUUUUAUGGACAUGAAAAUUGUAAAAAAGAAGUAUGCUGAAGUUCGAAAGACAAUAAAACUUAAUGAGGAAACAUUAACAAAAAUAAUCUUGGAACGCAAUGAACUGACAGCUGAGAAUACAAUGCUGAAGUCUGAACUGGAGAAUGAAAGACAAAAUAAAGAAAGACUGGAAAGGCAAGUUGAAUCAUACCGCUCUAGAUUGGCUGCCACCCAUGAUCAAGUGCAAAGUCAGACAUCAAAAAGAGACCUGGAACUUGCCUUCCAGAGAGGAAGAGAUAAGUGCUUACCCUUACAAGAUGAAAUAAAUUUGGAUGUGUCUAACCUGAAAGAUAAUGAGGUGCAUUCCCAGCAACUGUCUAAGUCUGAAGGAAAAUCCAAUGGCCUAGAAACCGAGCUCCAUCACGGGAGAGAUGCUCUCAGAGAAAAGUCUUUGGUGUUUGAAACUGUACCUGUACAGAGAGACCUAAGCCAAGCACAGUGUCAGAAGGAAAUUGAACACAUGCCUCCAAGUGAACAAGGCAAAGUGAAGAAGUACAUGGACAAACAGGAAUCCUCGAAGGGGAGAUUAUCCCAACUAGAGAGUGAAAACCUCUUGCUGCGACAGCAGCUGGAUGACUUGCAAAACAAAAAGGAGAGCCAGCAGAAAAGGGUAAUUAAUAUCCAGGACCAGUUUCAGAAUACUGUGAAGAGUCUUCAAGCCAAAAGUGAAAAGCAAUAUCUGAUGCUGGAGGAAAGAAACAAGGAGUUAACUAAGGAAUAUAGUCACCUAAAAGAGAGUAUUAAUCAGUAUGAAAAUGAGGCAAUGGAAAGAGAAGUGGUUGUGGAACAACUUCAACAAGAACUGGCUGAUUCCCUAAAAAAGCAGUCCCUGUCUGAGGCUUCAUUGGAACUCAUGUUACGUGAUUGUGCUAAAUUAGAAGAUGAGAGACAGGAUUUAAAGAAGAAAGUACAUCAAAUGACAAGUAAAUUGCAAGAAGCACAAGAACUACAUAUAGAAGCUCUGAAGUGUGCUGAGGAGACCCAGGAUCACAUGCAAAAGCUUGAAAUUCAAACUGCCAAGUUAAAAGUGAUGAACAAAAAGCAAGUUGCCAAAAUUGAACAGCUUCGGAGAAACUCACUAAGUACAAGUUUGUCUGAGCAAGAAAAGGAAGAAUUACAGCAACUUAUGGAGUUAAAACAGUUUCUGGAAAGCCAGUUGGAUCGGCAAAAGAAGAAAAAUGAUGGAUUAGAAAAAGAGAUUACUGGAUUGAAGGAAUGCUUGGAAAUGGCAAGAAGGGAAGUAAAUGAAAAUGAAAAAGGAGAGCCUAGUGCCCAUGGUGUUGUAAAAAUCAAUCCAACUGAAAUGGAUAUUCAGAUAGAUACGCUAAAACAUAAGACACAAACAGCAUCUCAAGAAAACUUAGCGCAAUAUCUGGAAUCUGAACGCUCCAAAGAAAACACUUCUCAUGAAUCUUCUUGUAAAACAGAAUUGGAAAAAUAUAAGCAACUUUACCGAGAAGAAUUAAAAUUGAGAAAGUCGCUGGAAAAAAAACGAAACAAACUUCACAGGACUAAUCGGAGGCUGGCUAAAACCUGUGUGAAACGUCUGAUGGAGAAAGAGCAGAACAGGUCUUUACCCCAAACAUUUACUACAAGUCCUGUCCUGGAGCCACCUGGUGCUGAAAAUAUUCAUAAUAGCUCUGGGUUCAGAGGAAAUACUACAACAAGAGAAACCUUGUUGUUUUCUACCUCACGUUCACGGCCUUCAUUUGACAGCAUUGUGACUGCUUUGAUGAAGAGUCAGCGGGAGAUGGAAGAAAAUAUGAAUAAAGAACUAGCAGAAGCCACUGCUGAACUUGAUUCUGUGUACUGGAGAGCCUCUCGACUGAGAUCUACCGGUGACCUUUUGAAAACAUCACACAGCCAUAUGUACAGAUUCUGAAGAAAACUUAUGUUGUCUGAAAAAUAAAGAGUGAAACUAUCUACUGGACAGUUAACAUAACGUCUUUGUUGGUUCCUAUUAAACAUGUUGUAGAAAUCCUUAUUGAAGGAAAUAUUGUUGUAUCAUAUGUGUAUGAGAAUUUAUAUAGUAUUUUCAAUCAUUUUUCUUUGUAUCUAACUUUUAAGUAGAUUUUGUGAAUAAAACCCAGCCCUAUUGAGUUUUUCAUUCUCCAACUGAGGCCAGAUACCAGUUAUUUAAUGAGCAGACAAACCACCAAACCUUUCAUUAAUAUUUAGCUGAGUUGGGAGUUCCUGUUGUGGCACAGUGGAAAUGAAUCCAACUAGGAUCCAGGCUGUCACAGGUUCAAUCCCUGGCCUUGCUCAGUGGGUUGAGGAUCUGAUGUUGCUUGAGCUGUGGUGGUCACAGAAUCGGCUUGGACCCCAUGCUGGUGUGAUUCUGGCUUAGGCCAAGGGCUGUAGCUCUGAUUCAAACCCUACCCUGGGAACUUCCAUAUGUCAUGGGUGCAGCCCUGAAAAACAAAGCAAAAAGAAAAAGUAUAUAUUUAGCAAUGGUGAUUAGAUAGCUUUCUUGUAGUUUCCAGGUUUUAUCACUAUAUAUAGAUGCAAAGAUCUAGACAGACAUGAUUUCAAUACACUGAAACUGUGGCUAUUAUCAAUGUGUUGAUGUAUUACAAUUGUUGCAGAAUCAUACAACUCAUUCUGUAUACCUUUAAACUCUGACACAUAGAUCUUUCCUCAUGCAGCAAUAGGAUUUGCCUAAGGGAUUUUCCCCUUUCUAAUUUUUUUAAUUUACUUUUUGGAAACAGUUUUAAAAUUAGAAUUGUUCCAAGCACCUGACUCAGACAUCAUCACCAAAUUUAUAUGGAACAACAAAAGACCCAGAAUUGCCAAAGCAAUUCUGAGGAAUAAAAACCAAGCAGAUGGCAUAACUCUCCCAGACCUCAGGCAAUAUUACAAAGCCACAGUCCUCAAGACAGUGUGGUACUGGUACCAAAACAGAUAGACCAAUGGAACAAUAGAGAACCCAGAAACAAACCCCGAUACCUAUGGUCGUGGGGAGCCGAGAAAAUACAGGAGCCGAGGAAGGGAGCUUGCCUGAGUGGUGCAAUUCCAAGGGCAGGCUCCUAAUCAGAAAAAGGGGCCUGCCUGAAUGGUGCAGUUCCAAGGGCAAGCUCCUAACCAGAAAAAGGGGGCCUGUCUAAACAGUGCAAUUCCAAGGGCAGGCUCCUAAACAAGGGGAUACCUACCGGUACGGCACAAUUCCAAGGGCAGGCCCUAGAAGACAAUAAGGCUCCCCUGCUAACUUUGGUGGGGAACUGAAUUUUCUGGGAAACAAUUUCCAUUUUGCAUUGCUGAGUGGGGAUUUUUCCAUGGAUGACUUAGUCUUUUCUGCUAUUCACUUGUUGUUCAGUUCUUCCUUAAUCUUUCCUGAUUAUUUGUUUAUUACCCUUAUUUCCCAUUCUUAUUUUCCUGUGGUGAUUUGUGAUUUAACUGAAUUGCAACAAUAAUAUGAUAAAAAUUUCAUUCUAAGGGACUUUCCUCUAUUUAAAUACAAAAAUUAAAAACAUAGUGCUUAUCUACUAACUAGUUAUACAGUCAACUUUAGAGUUAGGAUUUUAAUGAAGUUUAUGGAAGUUAGACACAUAUUAUUCAUGAUCAGAAGAAACCUAGCUGUGAGUUUUGUCCUAGAUUUUAGAAACUUUUAGUGGUAGCUGGCUAAGUUCAUUUACAUUUUCUCACACUGUCUCUCUGUCAAGGACACUUUGAAGAUAGACGCUAGUCUGAAGACAAGAUUUGUUGUGUCUGUAGCCUCUUCAGCUUGUGGGAAAUUGGCUGGCCAUGAGAUGGUUUGUGCUGGGUCUCCUCUUUCCCACAUGAAUGUUUGUGCCUAUUUGUCCUUGAAUUGUACUUACUAAAUUUAGUUAAGUUAAAGACUUUAAAACAUGACAUUUGAAACUGUACCUUGUGAUCAAAAAAAAAAAAAAAAAGCCUAAUAGUUAACCAAUGUACUUUUAACACUAUGAUGUAAUCUGUAGUAAAAAACUGUCUAUAUAAUCAACCACUUAUGCCAAUAAAAUUUGAGCAGUUCAGCGCCCUGAAAGAAGGGACAAAGAGACUGUCUCCAUUGCUUACGCCGACACCGUUCAUCUCCUCUCAGGACGUAUAUGCCCCACCUGGUUGCAGGAGCUGGACUCCGGCAGAUGCAAACUCUUGCUCAUGGAGUGGAUUUACAGUGAGAUCCUGCCAUGUAGCACUGAGAGCUAUGCCUAGAUACUUACAACACAGCAUGACAAUGGGAGAAGAAAUUAUGUAUACAUGUAUAUGUAACUGGGUUCCCGUGCUGUACAGUGGGAAAAAAAGUGUGCUGGGAGAAAUAACAAUAAAAAAAUUU